GCGCUGAGUCUGGAGUCCAUUAACACAUCAACAGUCCCCGCCAAUCAGCCAACCCUGGCCCAGUGGCGUCUGCACUCUGCAGCAGUGUCUUGGCCAUUCCGCUUCUGGGAGACCUUCUCGAGCAAGCAUCUCUUGAGUCCAUUCCCAGAGACAGGGUGUCGUCGCAUCCGAGUGUUGUUGCGCGGUCCCUCACGCAGCAUGCGUAUCGCCACGCCGGGCUGCAAAUGAGCAAGCGUGAACCUCUGCGGCCGUGUCCUCGUCCUUAAACUCGGUUCCAUCGCCUGCUCCCUCCUUCCUUCCUGCAUCUUUCCCACGUUUUACCCACGUUGGCCUCCGAUCGGACACGGACUCGGCACGGCACCUGCCUCUUCUAUCUUUCGGGUUCACUCAUUACGACCUCGUUUGUUCUUCACCUGUUGUUGUCUUUACUCCCUUUGUCCCUUCCCCCCCUCAAGUGAAUCUGCCUGUCAUCCCAACCUGCUCCCAUCAUGUCGAGCAGUGAGAAGGGCAGCGGCAAGGACGCCGUGGUCGACACGUCGAGCCAGAACUCGGUUCCGCCGCCGGACCAUGUAUCCGAGUCGGGCGGCAUCGACGCCGCCUGGAAGUUCCUCGACGCGCAUCGCGAAGAUGUCGCCGGCGCCACCCCCAUCGACAUCAACAGGCUGCGCUGGAAGAUCGAUUUCCACAUCGUGCCCAUCAUGUUCUGCUGCUACACGGUGCAGUUCCUCGACAAGGUCAUUCUCAACUAUGCCGCCGUGAUGGGCCUCAACAAGGACCUCAACUUGACGGGCAAUGACUUCUCCAACAUCGCCACCUUCCUCUUUGUUGGUCUCCUCGUCUUCGAGAUCCCCAACAUCUUCUUCCUCCAGUACUUCCCUGCCGCCAAGUGGCUCGGAGCCAACGUCCUGCUCUGGGGUGUGGCCACCGCCAGCGGUGCCGCCGCAAAGAACUACCAGACAUUGCUCGUCUCGCGUGUCUUCCUCGGCAUCUUCGAGGCCACCAUUGGCCCAUCCCUGAUUCUCAUCAGCAGCCAGUGGUACACCAAGUCGGAGCAGGCCCCCCGCUUCUCCUUCUGGUAUCUCGGCCUCGGCCUCGGCCAGAUCCUUGGCGGUGCCAUCUCGUACGGCUUCCAGGGAGUUGAUGCGAAUGCCUCGUUUGUCGGCUGGAGGAUCAUGUUCCUCACUCUCGGCCUCAUCACUUCGCUCAUCGGCGCCUGCACUUUCCUCUUCCUCCCCGACACCCCCAUGCAGGCCCGCUGGUUGUCCGACGCCGAAAAGGUGGCCCUGCUCAAGCACGUCAGUGUCAACCAAACCGGAAUCGACAACAAGAAGUUCCGCCUCAAGGAGAUCAUCGAAGGAAUCAUGGACCCUCAGCUCCUUCUCAUUCUGCUGUCGGUGAUUCUGCUUUCCGUCUCCAGCGGUGUCGUUACCACGUACUCGGCCACUUUGAUCAGGAAUCUCGGAUAUCAACCCAAGCAGGCUGCAUUGAUGAACAUGCCCUCGGGAGCCGUCAGCAUCUUCUUCACUCUGCUCGUCGGAUAUGGUGUCCGCAAGAACUCGCACCGCUGGGCGUGGAUUCUCGCUUGCAUCUUCCCUGCUAUCAUCGGUGGUGCUCUGAUGUCCUUCCUUCCCUCGAGCAACAAGAAUGGCGUUCUCGCUGGCAUUUACCUCGUCAACGCUGUCGUCGCUCCCCUUGCUGUGUUCUACAAUUGGGUUGCCGCCAACGUUGGUGGAUCCACCAAGCGUGCCUUUGCGGCCGCCGUUGUUAGCGGGUCCUUCUCCAUCGGAAACAUCAUCGGGCCCCAGACCUUCCAGGCCCGCGACGCUCCCGACUUCCGCCCCGCUAAGAUUGCCGUCAUGGGCACGCAGGCUGGCUGCGCUUUGACCACCUUCCUUUUGUUCGUCUAUUACGUCUGGCAGAACAAGAAGCGCAACGUUGCUGCCGAGACUGAGGACGCGUUCCUGUCGCCCGAGGCUUGGGCCCGCAUGACGGACAAGGAGAACAAGAGGUUCCGUUACUCUUACUAAAAAGUCUUUUUAUCCACCCUUAAGGGUUAGAGUCAAACUGUUGGAUGGGUUGUCUCUUUUUUUUGGUCUAGUUCAGUGUUCUUGGAGUAGGAUGUGUCUGUACAGACUUGGGUGGUCUAUUGCCUUGUAAUGUGGGUGUUGGUGUUAUUUCUGUACAGAUGCGUUGUAGUCUAGAUGUCGAAUCACUGUUCGAGUCAAAGCCCAGAGCCUGGUCGGAAUUUAACGGCCUCUUAUUCAACAUUUAAACUUGGCAUUUGUCAUUUACAGUGUACAGCAACGCAUUUGAAUUGCGCUGCGAUUGUGUAUGUACGUAAUGAAGGCGUGAUACGUAACGAAGGCGUGACCGAAUACGGGUCCAAGUAAUUAUGGUCAUAUUCUUAGACUUAGCCCUACUCCACCCACCCCCUGUUUAAUCUGCGAAGAGUCAAGAUGCUAGUUCAGAGUCCACACUCUAGUAUUUU